AUGGCAUCAAUCGCUCGCUCAGUUUUCCGUUCUUCGCUGGCCACGGCAACUAGACCCGCAUUCUCCUGCCGCAUCGCCAAUGCCCAACUCUCGCGACCCUUCUCGGCCCAGUCAGCUGGUGAGCAACCAUCAUAUCUCCUCUCUUUUAUCCAGACUAACAUUUGCCUCGCAGCCCUCGCCAAAAAAUACACCCAAGACCACGAAUGGAUCGACCUUUCCUCUGACAACAAAACCGGCACAAUCGGCAUUUCCACCUACGCCGCCAACGCCCUCGGCGAUGUCGUGUUCGUCGAGCUGCCAACAACAGAUCUUGAAGUCAGCUCUGGCGACACAAUCGGCAGUGUCGAGUCUGUAAAGAGCGCGUCAGACAUUAUGACCCCUGUAUCAGGUGUAAUUGUGGAAGCCAAUGCAGUGUUGGAAGAGAAACCCAGUACCAUCAACAAGAGCCCCGAGGGUGAAGGCUGGAUCGCAAAGAUUGAGAUCAAGGACCCUAAAGAGGUGGAAGGUUUGAUGAGCGAGGACGAGUACAAGAAGUUUACAGAGGAGAGCGAGGAGUAG